AUUCUGAAUAUUAAGGUGAAUGGAAAAAUAAUAAAAAAAUUGGAUAGGUAAAUUGAUAGAAGUUGAUUGAGAUAUUUAUGAAGGAUAGUGAGAGGAUGAUAGUACAAUGGAUGUUUAAUCUUAGGAUGGAGUUAAAUGUAUUAGGGUUCAUUUAAAGAUUAUCUUUAAAACUUGUAGGAUGGAAACAAAUAUGAAGGACAUUUCUAUGAAGGUAUUAAAUAAGGAUAAGUUAGAUAUACACGGAAUGAUGGUUCAUAAUAUACAGGUUUUAUUGAUUAAUAAUAAGAGACAUUGUUAAGAAGUAUAAAUUUGGAAAAAGGAAAAUAGUUAAAAGGGGAAUGGUAUGAAGAUUAUAUGUGUGGAUAAGGAUCUAGAAAUGGUCUAAUCAUUGUUAAUUAAAGGUUAAUUUAAUAAAGACACUCUAAGUAGUUAUUUAAGAUAUUUUAGAAGUUAAGAUUUACGAAGGUAAUUUUAAAAUUAUCGAAAUCUAAUGGUAAUGAUAAGAUGAAGAUCUCUUAAAAUAGUAUUAUAAUUAAUAAGAAGUGUAAAAAGAUAACUUGGAU